GGCAUGCAAAAGAUGAGCGCACUCGAUUUCGAUUAUAAUGAGAUUGUGCGCAUCGAAGAUUACAGCUUCUACGGGCUGCGUUUGUCGAAGCUCAACAUGAAGGGCAAUCAACUGCAGUCAAUACCCGAACACGCGUUCGUAGGACUAGAGGAAUCCAUACAAGAGAUUGACUUAUCUGAGAAUACGCUGCGUACAUUUCCGUUACUCUCUUUACGUAAACUCGAUUAUCUGCGUACGUUGCGACUAUCCAAUAACAAGAUCUCCACAUUUUAUGGUGACAUAACGCUCGCGACGAACAAUGCUUCGGCAGCGGCAACGGUGCUACGGCUGCCAUCUCUGAUAUUUCUGGAUUUGAGUUCAAAUCAAUUUACGGAGAUUGUGAAUGAUUGCUUUAGCGCCUUUCCGCAGCUAAAAACGCUUUCGCUAUACGCGAAUCAAAUAGAGCUCGUACAACCGGAUGCGUUCAAGAGUUUGAAGGAGUUAAUGUCGCUCGAUAUAUCACACAAUCGCAUCAUUUCAUUGGAUGCCAAAAUUUUCGAUAAAAACAAACGUCUACAAACUGUGGAUCUUAGUCACAAUCAUGUACACUCAAUUAGUGGUGUCUUCUCGAAUUUACCGCAAUUGCGUGAAGUCUUUCUCUCCGAAAAUAAUAUACUCGAAUUGCCUGCAGACGCCUUUACGAAUUCGUCCAAUGUGGAUGUCAUCUAUUUGGAAUCGAAUGCCAUAGCGCACAUCGAUCCGAAUGUCUUUAGUACGCUUGUCAAUCUGGAUCAUUUAUAUUUGCGUUCCAACUUCAUACCGUUAGUGCCUGUAACGCUCUUCGAUAAAUGCCAGAAACUCACUUCAUUAUCGCUCGAUAACAAUCAAAUACAAGAUCUCGAGAUCGGCAUGUUUAGGAAGUUGGAAUUUUUACGUGAAGUGCGUUUGCAUAACAAUCGUAUACGACGCAUACGGAAGGGUGUAUUCGAGCCCUUACCGGCAUUGCAGGAACUUCAUGUACAAAAGAACAAUAUUGAGGAUAUCGAACCGGGCGCUUUUCAAAGUCUAACAAAUUUGCAACACAUCAACUUACAGGAUAACCAACUAACUGUGUUGGAAGACAUUUUUCCAAACGACAAGGCCAACUCUUCGCUACUCUCCAUACAGCUGGAGGAGAAUGAGUUGCACAAGAUACACGUGCGCACAUUUCGGCGACAAGAGCGCAUACAGAUUAUGUGGCUGCGUGACAAUCAGCUGACCCGUGUUGACAAGAGCAUGUUCGUGGAUCUGCUGAAGCUCGGGCGACUGUACCUUAGCAAUAACCUCAUACGCGACAUCGACAAGGAUACUUUCAGUACGCUGAAACAUUUGAAAUUCCUCGACUUAAGCGGCAAUCGGCUGAAGCAUGUGCGCCGCGAAUACUUUGCACCGCUCGUGAGCUUAGAGGAGCUAAGUCUCGCGCAAAACUACAUUGAAGCGCUGGAAAGUUAUUGCUUCAAUAAGUUGAAGAACUUACGUGUACUCGAUCUUUCAAACAAUCCUUUGGUGCAAUUAACCAAGGAUAUUUUCAUGGAAGAACUACCUUUAACGUUUCUGAAUCUGCGUAACACGUCGCUGCGAAAAAUUGAGCUACAUACCUUCAAGGCGCUGCAGAACCUGAAUGAACUUAAUUUGGAGGAUAAUCAAUUGAACCCCUCUGAUAUACAUAAACUGGAUGUGCCGAGUUUACGUAGUCUCUACCUCGCGCACAACGACUUCAGUCACGAGCGUGUGGGCGGCAUAACGGCCGGCAUGUUCGAUAAGAUGCGUUCGCUACAAUUGCUUACAAUGGCCAAUUGCAGUAUCGAUUUAUUGCCAGACGAGAUUUUCACUAAGAAUACCAAUCUCGUUAAGCUCGAUCUGUGCGACAACCGCAUCACUGUUAUGAAUCGGAAUAUCUUCAAUGGCCUGAACGUGUUUAAAGAGUUGAAGUUGUGUCACAACCAGCUCUCGGAGUUUCCGCACAUUGCGCUAUAUAAUUUGAGCACGCUAGAGAGCUUGGAUUUGUCACGCAAUCAGCUGACUUCUAUCGACUUCUUCAAGUUGAGCGGCACGCUGAAUCUGCGUCAGCUCAAUUUGCAUGACAACAAAAUCACUUCAUUGAGCGGUUUCAAUGCGGUAAACCUGACGCAACUCGAUAAUAUUGAUCUUAGCGGCAAUCUUUUGUUAUCUUUGCCUGCGAAUUUUCUGCGUCACUCUAUAAACUUACAGCGUGUAGACUUGUCGAGUAAUCGCUUUCUGCAGCUGCCCAGUUCAGCGCUUUCGGACAUCUCCAUACCACGCCUCUCUUGGCUCAAUCUCACUGGUAAUCCAAUAAAUAAGAUUUACACAGUUAAAGAGGAGCGUUAUCCCUACCUUAAGGAGCUUUACAUCUGCCAAACUAAUCUGUCCAUACUAACUUCCAAAGACUUUGAAGCUUUUCAGGCUUUGCAACAUUUGCAUUUGGUUAAUAAUCGCAUCACACGCAUAUCACCUGGCGCCUUCAAAUCACUCACAAAUCUGCUCACAUUGGACCUCAGCAUAAACGAAUUAGAAAUGCUGCCGAAAGAGCGUCUACAGGGCUUGACUCUACUACGCUUUUUAAAUAUUUCACAUAAUAUUCUGAAAGAAUUGGAAGAGUUUAGCAGCGAUUUGGCUCAGUUGCAAACUUUUGAUUUGUCCUACAAUCAAUUGGAUCGCAUAUCGAAGAAGAGCUUCCGAAAUCUGCAUGGUCUCGCGGAAUUGUAUUUAAUGGGUAAUCGCAUGACGGUCUUGUCGAAUGACGCUUUUCGGUACUUGCGUAAGCUGCAUGUACUUGAUCUACGUAAGAACUACUUUGAACUGGUGCCGAUUGAAGCGCUCAAACCUUUGGAGACUAACAUAAAAACAUUGAAAUUGGAAGAAAAUCCACUGCAUUGCAGCUGUGAUGCACAAAAACUAUGGGAAUGGCUGCGCGAUCAUCGAAAAUGGUCGCAAACGAGCGCCGGUGAUGGCAUUAAUUACUUAAGGUGUGAACAUCCAGUGGACUUGAGGGGCAAAGUAUUUGCUAAAAUGGAGCCGCAACAAUUUUGUGAUGCACCGUUGAUACCGAAAAUCGCCAUACAGGAUAUUCAGCCAUAUUCGGUGGUCGUUUCAUGGCUGAGUCGUGAGCAUUUGGGUUUAACUGGCUAUGAAAUUGUAUAUUAUGCGACCACAGAUGGCAUUGAUUACGAUGAGAUGCGUGGCAAACGUCUCAACGGCACCGCGAACUCGGCCAAAUUAACAAAGCUGAACGCGAAUACGCGCUACCACAUCUGCGUCAUUGGCACUGGUAAUUGGCUGUCCGAGCCGGCGGCGAAUGCCUUGCAAAGGAUACACUUUAACGACACCGUGCUAAUGUUACGCGACGAGGCAGCCGCAAGUGGCGGCAGCUACAACGCAGGCCAACAACAGCAACACUACUAUUACGACCAACAACAACAACAACAACAACAACAACAACAACAGCAGCAAUCCGAAUAUUAUCAGCAAUAUUUUCACACGUAUCAACAGCCGCACGACCAGCAGCAAUUAUUUACGCAAGCCGAGCCGCAACAACAACAGGCGCUAAUCGAGAAUACCGUCGUCACGGACAAUGCGCUGCGGGACGUAUUGAAAAAUACGCACAUCACCACUUGUACGGACGUGCAAACACUGGACUCGACACCGAGUCUGGUGACCGACGAGAACGGGCUCUCCAGCAACGGCUUCAUACACUCCAUAUUAACGCGGCGCCUAGGUCUGAUUGUCGGCUGUUGCCUGGGCAUCAUUGUGUUCAUUGUCAUGAUUUCGGUGUUGAGUUAUGUGAAACUGAAGAAGCAACGCAUCGAGAAUGCCAAAAGACAAGCCGCCAUGCCACCCGAAUACAUUUCGUAUCGACACUUCUCCAUACCCAAUGAGGAGCUGGUGCGCGCCUCGGUUGCUGGCGGUGCUACCACGACAAUUUCGAGUGUACCAAGCGGCAUUAGUGCACACAUCAGCGGCACCAGCCUGAGCACCAGCGCCACAGCCACCACGGCUACCACGCCACUGGGGACCAGUACCGGCAAUGGCACUGACAGUAAGGGCGUCGGUGGCGGCGGCACCGGCGGCACAGUGACAUCCGCUACCAACACGCUGAAGAAGAGCGAAGUCAACGCCAACUUAACGGGCGUGAGUGGUGUGAGCGUCGGUGUGAGUGUCGGUGUGGGGAUGGUUAUUGCCGAAGGCAAUGGCUUGGUGAAUUUGACCUCAACAGCCACAAAAGCAACGAGCAAUGAUGUCAGCGGCACAACGACAUCAGUGAACGUAACAGCGACGGCGAACAACCACAAUCACCAUGCGCAUCAGCAGCAGCAGCAGCAGCAGCAGCAACAGCACCACCACCAGCAAUUGCGGCUCCAGCAUCAACAACAGCACCAGCACCAGCUACAGCGCCAGCAACAGCAGGCGGGCAAUCACCAUCAUCAUGUUGUUGGCGGCAAUGGCGGUGUGGGCUACAUGUCGUCGGGCGUUGUUUUGGGCGCGAAUCACUUGAAUGCCUGUUAGUUGCGGCAUCGGCGCUUGUCACAACGCCGCAAACGUUGUCGCGAAACUCCCUUUCGGCCAUAAAGUUACGAGUAUUUUUAAGGUCCUCUUAAAACAGACACAAUCGCGUAUACUGGUGCAUACAUACAUACAUACAUACAUAUAUAGCUUGUAGGCGAAGACACCUUAGGUUAAGCAUAACUGUAAAUAUGAUAAUGUAGAAAGAAGUGACUUGUUAAUGAAAAGUAUGCAAAUCGGGGCAAAGCAGUUGUGAGCUGGCAAAGCAGGGCAUCCACCGUAGCAAGUGGACCGGCAAUGAGUACCACGCCAUGCUCUGCGUCGCUUUGCCUCCAAAAGUGUAUAAAUAUGUUCCCAAUGACUUUGUUAGUUGUAUUUAGCUUAGCUAUAAUGUGUUAGGCUACCUAAUUUAAGUUUAGAUUUAUGAUAGAUAGGCUGAGAUUGAAACUCUUAUUAUUUGUUGUACUCCUACAGCAGACUUUUAAUCGAACACACUCAUCAAUAAUGCGCACACAAUAAUUUAACACACAAAACUAGCAUUACUUCGAUGCUAAAUAUGAAUAUAAUAUUAUGAUUGAAUUUCGUGAAAAUUACGUUAUAAUCACUUCUGAAGUAAUUAUGUGGCUUAUAUGACAACUUAGUGUAAAAUAAAUAAUAUUUCGGUUAUUUUGUGGUUAUAUCUAUA